AUGCCGGACAAAUUGACAGUAUAUUCGACAUUGGUUGGAUUGCUCAAUGCCAAAAAAUACAACUUUGGUGGCGAGAUUCUGGAGAAGCUGCUCGCCAAAUUGAAUGAGCUGAUGAAAGACAAUGAUUUUGACCAUGCUUUAUAUAUUGUGAUAUUUUUGUCCGAUUUGGUGAACUGCCGUGUGAUUACGUUGGAAUCGUUUGUUGAUUUUUUGAAAGAUCUCAUUGACUGCACCUCCAGCACCGAUAUGCCCCAGGUACGACGUGACUGGUUCGCUUAUGCAUUUUUACACUGCCUUCCUUGGGUCGGCCAUGAGAUUGCCGAGAAGAAGGGAGAAGAUUUAAAUGUUAUGUUAGCGGAUAUUGAAAAAUACCUCCAAUCACGAAACAGAGAUCACGUGAAGGUUUGUGUCUCUCCCCAGAAGCAUGCGUUUGUCAAAAAUUAG